ACGCGGAGCUUUUGGACGAGAAUCGUGACAGUCGUGGAAAUGCCUUCAAGUUUAAUAUUUUAACCAUGCUGAAGAAAACAAACCCCAAGAUCACAAUUAUCCGGCUGGCGGCCGAGGCUCUGGGGACGAUGUUAUAGACGACAGAGCAGAGACACAGAGCCCAGAGGACGCCAGGCCAGAGCUACACCACCAUCCCCUCCCUUCCUUCCUUCAGCCUGGUGUAGGACAGCCACAGCUUCAGUAGAGGAAGAACAACACACACACACUCAGGAACCUCUCCUCACCUACCAGAGCCCAACAUGAUCUGCCACCCCACCCCAGCCCUGGGAGGCCCUCUCCUACCCUUCCUCCUCCUGUUGUCGGGGGUGUUAGCCACCAUUCCCAGCGACCUCAGGACAUUCUCACCUCCAGAGGGGGGGCUCACACACCUGGUGGUCCACAACAAGACAGGUGAGGUGUACCUGGGAGCCGUCAACUGGAUCUUCAAGCUGUCCAGCAACCUGACCAAGCUCCGCAACCACGUGACAGGCCCUGUGGUGGACAAUGAGAAGUGUUACCCCCCUCCUGGCGUCCAGUCCUGCCCCCAUGAACUGGCCCAGACCAGUAACGUCAACAAGCUGCUGCUGCUGGACUACGGUCAGAACCGCCUGAUCGCCUGCGGCAGCACCUCCCAAGGCAUCUGCCAGUUCCUUCGGUUGGACGACCUGUUCAAGCUGGGUGAGCCGCACCACCGUAAGGAGCACUACCUGUCCAGCGUGGCCGAGGCUGGCACCAUGUCUGGGGUAGUCAUCGGUGGAGACGCGGCCGGGGGCGGGGGAGGGGCUGGCAAGCUGUUUGUGGGCACACCCAUUGACGGCAAGUCAGAGUACUUCCCCACGCUCUCCAGCCGCAAGCUGAUGGCCAACGAGGAGAACGCCGACAUGUUCAGCUUCGUCUACCAGGACGAGUUUGUCUCCUCGCAGCUCAAGAUCCCCUCGGACACGCUCUCCAAGUUCCCCGCCUUCGACAUCUACUACAUCUACGGCUUCAGCAGCGAACAGUUUGUCUACUAUCUGACCCUGCAGCUGGAUACCCAGCUCACCUCGCCUGACGCCAGCGGGGAGCAGUUCUUCACCUCUAAGAUCGUCCGUCUCUGCGUGGACGACCCCAAGUUCUACUCCUACGUGGAGUUCCCCAUCGGCUGCACCAAGGACGGGGUGGAGUACCGUCUGGUGCAGGACGCCUACCUCAGCCGACCCGGGACCAAGCUGGCGCGCUCGCUGGGCAUCUCAGAGCAGGAGGAGGUGCUGUUCACGGUGUUCGCCCAGGGCCAGAAGAACCGGGCCAAGCCCCCCAAGGAAUCAGCCCUGUGCCUGUUCACCCUGCGCCGCAUCAAGGAGAAGAUCAAGGAGCGUAUCCAGUCCUGCUACAGAGGAGAGGGGAAACUGUCAUUGCCCUGGCUGCUCAACAAGGAACUAGCCUGCAUCAACUCACCACUCCAGAUAGAUGAUAACUUCUGUGGGCAGGACUUCAACCAGCCCCUGGGGGGAACCAGCACCAUCGAGGGUCUGCCUCUGUUCGUGGACAAGGACGAUGGCAUGACCUCGGUGGCGGCCUACGAAUACCACGGCCACACCGUGGCCUUUACCGGCACACGCAGCGGACGCAUUAAGAAGGUAGGAUAA